UCACCACGUGACUUCAGCACUGGGCCUUCGGUCUGUUUUCAGUAGUCGGAGAGGAAGAAAAAUGGCGGCUGCGACCGAUCAGAAGCGGGACGCCAGCCAUUGGUUUUGAGCUUUCUCACGUAAACCGAGACCGGGGCUUUACGGGACUACUUCUUUGGAAUCUACGCAAAUCAAGCUUUCUGACGGUACCCGUUUUUCUGGGUUCUGUGAAGGCUAAAUUAACGCAGAAAUUGAAAUUGAAAAUAAUAGCUUUUAUAUAUAAUGAGGGGGAAAAGAGGCAGGCCGCCCAAAACCCUGCGGAUGCAGGAGCCUUCAUCCGAGCCGGAGCGUGGCUUGAGACCCAGGAGGGAGUUGAGGGCAAAGGGGAGAGGUAGUGCCGAGGUUGAUUUUGAGAGUCCCAAGAGGGGAAAUAACUCUUCAUCGAGGGGCAGGAGGAAAGUGGGAUCAUCUCGCGGUAGGGGAAGAGGCAGAGGUGGUGGUGGCAGAGGUACUAGGGGCAGACGGUCAAUCGCUAGAUCUGUGGUUUAUGAUGAUCAUGAAAGUGAUGAAGACGAUGAUGCUGUGAGUUUGAGAUCUGAGGAGGACGAGUUGAUAGAGGAAGAGACGAUAACAGACGAGGAAGAAGAGGCCCUCAACGAGGAGUCAGACCCGCUUGAGGAAAUACUCGAGGAGGAUGAUGCCAGCUACUGUACUGAAAGCAGCUUUCGGAGUCAGAGCACUCAUGGCAGCACUCCGGGGCGGAAGAGGACGCGG